UUGGUGUCAACACAAUAUAUCAGCUCAAAGAAUGACUCCAUAGGACAAGUUUUUCAGAGUGAAAAAGGUCUCAGAAGAUCGCUUACUUUGACAAAUGGAGUUACAAUAAUUGUUGGCUGCACCAUCGGAUCUGGCAUUUUCGUUUCACUGACGGGCAUUCAAGAAGCUGUUGGUUCCGUUGGCUCCUCAUUAAUUGUUUGGCUUGUAUGUGGAUUAUGGUGCGGCCUUGGCUCUUAUGUGUAUGCGGAACUUGGAACCAUGAUUACAAAGUCUGGCGGUGAAUAUGUAUACAUUAUGGAAGCUUUCGGCCCAUUCCUCGCUUUUAUUCGUCUCUGGAUUGAAAGUAUCGUUGUUAGGCCAUGCACCCUCACAAUUGUGGGACUUUCUUUCGCUGCCUAUGUGUUGCGACCAAUAUAUCCCACUUGUGAUCCACCAAUUCUCGUCACUGACCUCUUAGCAGCUCUCUUAAUAUCAGUUAUUGGAGCGAUAAACUGCUGGUCCGUGAAAGUCGCAACAACUGUUCAGGACUACCUCACAUAUGCGAAAUUGAUCGCAAUAAUGUUAUGCAUGGUAACCGCUGCAUACUACUUCUUUACUGGUGGACCGCAAUAUAAAGAAUCAUUUGAAAACAUUUUCGAGGGAAAUUUUCGGAGCAUAUAUCAAGCUUCGGUUGGUUUUUAUUCAUGUUUGUUCGCAUAUCAAGGAUGGAGUUAUUUAAACUACAUCACCGAAGAGCUUAUUAAUCCUACAAGAAAUCUACCACUUGCUGUUUUAUUCUCAUGUAUUAUUGUUACUUUUACCUAUACACUUUUCAAUAUCGCCUUAUAUGUUGUUGUAUCGCCUGACGAAGUGUUAUCCAGUCCUGCUGUAGGAGUACUGUUUGCUGAGAAAGUAUACGGAAAAUAUGCGAACAUAUUAACUCUUUGUGUCGCUCUUUCUUGUGCUGGUUCGGCGAACGGAAACAUUAUGACAAGUUCUAGACUGUUUUAUUGUGGUGCCCGUGAAGGUCAAAUGCCUACCUUACUGACUAUGAUAAACAAAAAAUUACGCACACCAAUACCAGCAGUAGCUUUAACAUGCAUUUUAUCAAUCUGCUAUCUGUUUUUGUCCAGCGACAUCUAUGUUCUUAUGACUACAAGUCAGGUGACGGCUUGGGCUGCUAUCACUGUGGUAGCAAUAUCACUACUUAGACUUCGUUGCAAAUAUCCUAAUGCUACGCGACCGAUUAAGGUAAGCUGA